AUGCCGUACAAUAUCGCAAUGGUCUCGGACUUUUUCUAUCCUCAGCCUGGUGGAGUCGAAUCGCACAUCUACCAACUUUCUUCGAAACUCAUCGAUCGCGGGCACAACGUCAUCAUCAUCACACACGCCUAUGACUCUCCUUCAAGAACCGGCGUUCGAUAUUUGACCAACCGACUGAAAGUAUACCAUCUUCCCCAUUGGGUCGUAUACCGCAGCACCACCUUUCCCACCGUCUUCUCCUCUUUUCCCAUCCUUCGCCAAAUCUUCAUCCGGGAGAAGAUUCAAAUCGUGCACGGGCAUGCCUCCUUGUCAAAUCUGUGUCAUGAGGGGAUCUUACAUGCGAGGACCAUGUCUCUGCACACCGUCUUCACAGAUCACAGCUUAUUUGGCUUCAGCGAUGCAUCAAGUAUCAUUGCCAACAAGCUUUUGAAAUUCAGCCUAAGUGACGUGGAUCAUGUCAUUUGUGUGAGCCAUACUUGCAAAGAGAAUACGACCCUUCGAGCAAGUCUCAAUCCUCUGGCGGUAUCUGUCAUACCCAACGCAGUCGUUCCAUCCAACUUUCGUCCCUUCAACCCGUCUCUGGAACGACCUUCCAAGUUCACCACCUCGGGCCACAACCUUCCCCUUCCCCCAAACCCCUCUUUACCAAUCGGACCCUCAGACCCAAUAACGAUAAUCGUAAUAUCCCGCCUCUUCUACAACAAAGGCACAGACUUGCUCAUCUCCGCUCUGCCUCUCCUACUGGCAAACCACCCACAGUUGAACUUUAUCAUCGCCGGAUCCGGGCCGAAAGCGAUAGAUCUAGAACAAACUCUCGACUCGCUCCCGCAAAAUCUUAUCCUCACGGCCUCUGGAGCACCGCGAGUCAAUCUCCUAGGCAGCGUUCGCCAUGAAGAAGUCCGUGAUAUCAUGGUCCGCGGGCACCUUCUCCUCUCCACCUCCCUAACAGAAGCUUUUGGAACAGUCCUCGUAGAAGCAGCAUCCUGCGGGUUGAUGGUCGUCGCCACUCGCGUGGGAGGAGUGCCAGAAGUGUUACCAGGAAACAUGACAGUCUUUGUCCUACCCGAAGUCUCCGACGUGGUCCGCGGAGUCGGAUCCGCGAUCUCCGUCCUUCGAACAGGGAGAGGAGGCGGUCGAGACAAGUUCCACGGCCUGGUCAAGAAUAUGUAUUCAUGGGCAGAUGUUGCCCGUCGAACUGAACGAGUCUACGAUCUCAUAACCGGCGAACGAAACGAAGCAAGCUCGGCACUCGACGAGAUUGGAGAGUUUGGAGAGUGGGAAGGUUAUGGAGCACCCCUCGAUAAAGACCGCAGUCGAAGUUUGAUGGAUCGAUUGAAACGAUAUUAUGGAUGUGGAGUUUGGGCAGGGAAAUUGUUUGUGAUUGUCGUCGUGGUGGACUAUCUGAUUUAUUGUGCUUUGGAGAUCUUCUGGCCGAGGGAAGGGAUUGAUAUUUGUAAGGAUUGGCCUGCGAUGGGUGUGGCGAGGGGUGCUGGUGGUGGAGGGGAAGGUGCUGAAAUGCAGAGGACUGUGAGAGWAGAUGAGACUGAGGAAUGA